AUGGCUCCCUCCCGCCUCCUCCUCCUCCUCCCCCAGCUCCCCCCCAGGCCCCGAGCCUGCCUGCUUUGGGCUCUGGCUCUGGGGGUCCUGCUCCCCCUCCUCUUCCUCUUCCUCACCUGGCCCUGGGGCUCGGGCGGCCCCCCCACCGCCCCGUGGAAGCUGCACCUGCUCCAAGCCAGCCCCGAGCCCGUGGCGGCCCUGACCGACGGCACCUUCACCUUCUACCUCAACCGGAGCGUCUACGAGAGCCUCUACCCUCACCUGCAGCUCUACAGGUGCCGAGAGCUGAUGGCCCAGGAUGGGCUGUGCCAAGGACCCUCCCGGCUGCCCCUGUUGCUCCUGGCUAUCAAGUCCCACCCGGCGUCCGGCCUGCGGAGAGCCACCUUGCGCCGCACCUGGGCCCAGCCGGUGGAAGUGGGGGGCUUCCGGCUGCAGCCUCUCUUCCUCCUAGGGGUGACGCCCGACCCGAGGCAGCUGGCGCUGGUGGCGCGGGAGAACGAGGUCUUCGGCGACAUCCUGAUGUGGGAUUUGGGGGAGUCCCACCACAACCUCUCCCUCAAGGAGAGCUGCUUCCUGCAGUGGGUGCAGGGGCACUGCCAGCGGGCGGCCUUCGUCUUCAAAG